AUGGGGAUAGCAUUCCAAAUUAUCCAAGUGGGCACUCAAUCCAAUAGGAGACAGGCAGUGACAGAAGAGAAGAGAGACACCCAGAGGAGGAGGGAAUGUGAAGAGGCAGAAUCUGACAGAGAUGUGAAUGCCAAAGAAGGCCAAGGAAAGCUGACAGCCACAAGAAGCUGGGGAGUGGAAAAAAACAGAUUUUCUCCUAGAGACUUCGCGGGGACUACAGAGCUGCCAAUAUCAUGUUUGUGGACUUCGGACAUCCGGAACUACAGAAGAAUAAAUUUCUGUAGUUUAGAUGCUCCCAAACGAGGGUUUGAGAAAAUAGGGUUAAUGCGAGAUGAUACAAUAUAUGAGAAUGAUGAUAUAAAAGAAGCUAUAAGAAGUCUUCCUGAACACCUUUAUAAUGGGAACUUUGGUGCCCUGAGCACUGGGGAGAAAGGAUUUGGUUAUAAAGAGUCCUGCUUUCACAGGAUUAUUCCGGGAUUUAUGUGCCGGAGGGGGGGGGACUUCACACGCCAUAACAGCACUGGAGGCAAGUCCAUCUAUGGGGAGAAGUUUGAUGAUGAGAAUUUCAUCCUGAAGCACACGGGUCCUGGCCUCCUGUCCAUGGCCAACGCUGGCAACACGAACGGUUCCCAGUUCUUCAUCUGCACUGCCAAGACCUAGUGGUUGGAUGGCAAGCAUGUGGUAUUCGGCAAGGUCAAAGAAGGCAUGAACAUCCUGGAGGCCAUGGAGCGCUCUGGGUCCAGGAACGGCAAGACCAGCAAGAAGAUCACCAUUGCUGACUGUGGACAGAUCUAA